AUGGCAAGCAUUGAAUAUCCUAGCCAGGAACAAGAUGACGAUGGCCUCAACGACCAGCUUGUUGAUAUUGAAGAGCUUUGGGUGGUUGAUCAAUCGUCACUCCUUGAGAAACUGCCCGCAGAGAUCAUUCAAUGUAUUGCAUCUUAUCUGCCGGCUUCAGACCUCGCCUGUCUCGGUGUCACUUCCCGGACCCUCGCUGAUCACGCAUACAAUGACUUGUUAUGGGCCGACCUUGUGAACGAGAGACUACCUGUUCGUAUCCAACACCCAGGCCCCUUUGGGUCAUUCCGUCGCCUUUAUCUCGCAUACCAUCCCUGUUGGUUCAUCCCUCAGCACAAAAUCUGGUUUGGAGACACUGAACACAUGGGCACACUGAUCUUGGCGCGAUAUGAUAAUCAUCGGGGUGUCAUCGAAGCAUAUAAGAUCGUUGCAGAUCGUGGAUCUCCUAAAUUCCAAAUCUGGGAGUCGAACCCAGAAGUCAUAGUCCAGUCUUUUGAUCCCGAUGUCCAUUUGUGGUUGGAUGAUUCAAUCUUGUUUCUCAAAGACCAUAAUCCCUCUUCUCGAACUGCUCCAAUCCAGUCCUUUGAGCCAAUGUCAGAAUUCAGACGCAUGCCCCUGGCCUUAGAGGCUCACCAUAUCUACAGUGCGCUUUCCUUUUGUUCUAUCUUCACUUCCGAAGAAGAAGAAGCGGUCGGUCCGGAUAUGAUUUGGCCACCGCAAAGCAUCCCGAGCAAUGCACGUGCGCUCCGUGCCUCACGGUAUUUUCCCUCGCCGAUUCCGAAAAACAUGUCGGAUUUGUCCGAGCUGUGCUUCCGUAUCAGGGAGUGGACCCCCUCGCGGCUUAUGUAUUCACCGGUUCCAAAUGAACGGAUAGUGACUUAUUCAACUCUUGAUCCAAUCAUGUACACCCCCACUGAAGAGAAGCCCUACCAGGGGAUUUGGGUUGGAGACUACUCAGCCCACGGAUGUGAAUUUCUUCUUAUUCUUCAAAAGGACGUGGAGGCUGUAGUAGGUGAUGAGGGAGAAGAACUGACAACUAGGGAUGCUCAGCCUGAGACUGAGCCCGACUCUCAGGAAGAAAUUGGACAACGAGGCCGAUUGGAGGCCAUCAAGCUGACAGGCGACCCCAAUGUCCCUCGUGGCCAAUUCUCGUUCAUUGCCGAAGACAUCGGCCGCAGAGGCUUGGUCGGUGUAGCGACAGAUGAGCCUUUUGCUGGUGCCCGUAUUGUGCGUUGUUGCGGUCAUUUGGCAGGACUUGGCUUUCAUGAUGAAACCUUUAUUGACUCCAAACUGAUUCUCAUUUCCCCUGAUUGCAUGGCUCACUACUGGACGGAACUGGGUCAUGUCUCAUAUUUCCGCCGUGUGGACGUUGAUGCUCUGCUGCAUACUUGA